AUGAUGCUGACAUUUCUCUGGUCAUAUUAUCAAGGUUCAGCUGUUUUACCUGAUGUUAACAAUGACAUCAACGACACAUUUGGACAAGAUGAAAGUGAACAUGAAAUCACCAAAACGCCGUUAGGAAUAAACACAAGUGAUGAUGACAAAAAAUUCGUAUUGGAGCCGAUCUUCGUCGUAAAUCAAACGAUAGAACAUCAUGAUAAUAAAACAGUCAAAUUGGAUAAGGAAGAAUUUAACAGAUCUGCGUAUAAGAUAGAAAAUGAAAGUGUUGAUAAUAAUGAUAAUAACAUUAUUAUUAAUAUAAAUAUUAAUAAAAGUGGUGGUCAUAAUGGUGACGAGAAGAAUAAUCACACCAAAUACUAUACAUAUUAUCAUGGUCCACGUCGACUACGUGAUAAAGCUAUGGCUUCAUAG